AUUAUCAUUUUAUAAGCAUAUGAUCAUAAAUCCUAGAUUAUGAAGUGACGAUGGUUUUGGUGAACUGUGUUAAUAUUAUAAAUGGAGAGAUCUCCAUUCUUGUAGCAGCCUUAAAGAAAAAUACUAAAUGGAGUAUGUUGCAGCAUCAAGAUGACGUUAAUGAUCAGACUUUGAAAGAAUUUUUAAAGCUUAAAAAUAUAUUAAAGGAUGUUAAAGCGAUAUCUGAUAUUGAUCAGAGUAUAUACCUUAACCCUUUUUUGGAUACCAUAAUUUGUGAGGAUACUACAGGUCCUGUUACAAGAUUAGCAUUGACAUCUCUACAAAAAUUUAUGCAAUAUAAAAUGAUAGAUUUAAAGCAAAAUAAUAUAUCAGUCACUAUUGAUAAAAUAGCUCAUUCUUUGAUACAUGCUAGAUUCAUAGGAACUGAUCCAUCUGCCGAUGAAGUUGUUCUUCAAAAAAUUUUGCAAGUAAUGCAAACUUUAUUCUUUUCGCCCAUGGGUCCCUUCUUAAGCGAUCAAUCUGUCUGCGGAAUAUUGCAUAGUUUUUUCAGAAUCGCUUUUGAAAUGAGAUUAGCGGAAUUAUUGAGACAUUAUUCGGAGAAUGCUUUGACUGAAAUAUUUUUGGAGAUUUUGGAUAGGCUAAAAUACCUAGGUUAUAACAAGACGAAUCCUGUAUCCUUUAAAAAGACUACAAACGCGGAUAUUAAGAUACGCGACGCAAAUGACAACUCUCUGACGCGCGAAUUUAUAGAUGGUAAUUGCGUAUCCGCAAAUAAGGAUGAUAUAAGUAGAAAUCAUAGACAAGUUUAUAUUGAUAAGAUAUCUGACAGUGCUUACGACGAAGAAAUUACUUCCUAUUAUUCUAAUAAUAAUUCUGAGCCUAGCGAACAGUCGGAUGAGCACAUCAGAGAUAAAGGGAUGAUCAAAUUAACCACAUCUGAGUCCGAAAAGGCUGCAGAUAAUAAAGACGCCGAUACUCUUCGCUGCAAAAUGUAUGGUUAUGCUAGCGUCAAUGAACUCAUAAGAUUUAUCGUUAACUUGACGUCUCCCACAUUGCAAUCCGAAAAGCAGCAUAACGUUAAUAGCGAUAUAAAAAUCGUAUAUUCUCUAAAUUUGUUGACCAUUGCUUUCGAAACCAAGGCUGAAUUAUUGAUGGAAAACGUAUUUAUACUUAGAUUGGUCAGGGAUAAGUUAUGCCGCAAUUUGAUUGAACUUCUAAAAUCGGAAAAAAUAACAAUAAUCGCUUCAACUCUUAGGCUCGCAUUCUUUUUAUUCAGAUCAUCCAGGAGGCAUUUGAAAUAUCAAAUGGAAAUGUUUUUCGGAAAAAUCUUGGAAAUUAUAAGCCUGGAGGGCGUGCUGUACCAAAAGAAGGAAUACAUUUUGGAUAUACUCGUUCAAUUUUUCAAAAUACCCAAUUUUUCCUCCGAACUUUAUCUUAACUACGAUUGUGACAUAUACGGCAGUGAUAUAUUAGAGGAUUGCACCAAAUUUUUAUCCAAAAACGCAUUUCCUAUAACGGGCAUAUACAGUAUCCAUAUCCUUUCCCUGGAAGCCUUAUUCGCCAUAAUUGACGAUAUAUCGUUCAGGUGCAAGGAGUUAUUAUCGGUCGUUAAUGGACACCCCCAUUCGCCGCUCAACGUGGGAGACAAUGACAGCAAGGCAUUGCCAACCGGCGAGACAGUAAAUUAUGACGUCAAAUCGAGAGAAGAUGGCGGCAAGGAAUAUUAUACUAGCAGCGAUUCUUCAAAAAUACCUUCCGAAGAUGAUAUCCUGGAUUCGAAUUAUGAGACUAACGAAGCGGUCGAUUACGUGGAUAUGGUACAAACGCGCGAUUUUAGUCCCUUACAAUGCAUUAAGAACAAGAAAAAGAUUUUAAUAGCCGGCACCGAAAAGUUCAACUCAAAACCUUCCAAGGGUAUCCAAUAUUUGAGAGAAAACGCAUUUUUCAACGAAAGCGUCAACGAGGAAAGUCAAAUCGCCCGUUUCUUGAGAGAGAAUCCCGCUCUGGAUAAAAAGAUGGUGGGAGAAUAUCUUAGUAACCGCAAAAACCUGGAAACCCUGAAAGCUUUUGUUUAUUCGUUCGAUUUUGCGAAUACUCGUAUUGAUGAGGCACUGAGAAUGUAUUUGGAAGCAUUUCGACUGCCCGGUGAAGCCCCGCUCAUUUCACUCAUGUUAGAAAAUUUCGCUCACCAUUGGCAUGUGAGUAAUGGCGAACCAUUUGCGAAUGAAGAUGGAGCUUUCGCUUUAGCAUACGCUGUCAUAAUGCUUAAUGUCGAUCAACAUCAUCAAAUCGUUAAGAAACAAAUGAACCCCAUGAAUUCUGAGGAUUUUAUCAAAAAUCUCUCCAAAGUCAACAAUGGUAAAGAUUUCGACAAAGAGAUGUUAAGGGAGGUCUACGAGGCUAUAAAAUCAGAUGAGAUUAUAAUGCCGGCCGAACAAACCGGAAUUGUCAAAGAAAACUACCUGUGGAAAAUACUUUUAAGGCGAAGUGAAACAACCCCUAUUCAUUAUUUGGAUUCUCAAUCAACCACAUGCGAUUCCGAAAUAUUUGAUAUUUUAUGGGGACCCGUUCUAGCCGCUUCUUCCUACAUAUUCGAUAAGACGAAGGACGAAAAUAUUAUCAAUAAGAUAAUGGGGGCUUUUAAAAAAUGUGCGUCUAUUGCGAAUCACUUUGAAUUGUCGGAUGUUAUGGACAAAUUGAUUAUCACACUUUUCAAAUUCACCAAUAUCACGAACACUAACGAAAACCCAGAAAAUAUUCCGGUCUUGUUGGGGAAUUCUUACAAAUCCCUUACAGCGUUAAAGACUUGCUUUUUGUUCGUUCGGUAUCAUGGGGAUAUUCUGAAAGAGGGUUGGAAAUAUUUUAUCGAUCUUAUGUUUAACUUGCUCAAAUUAGGCCUUCUCCCGGAUGACCUUAUGGAGCUUGAAGACCACUUAGCUCCUAAUGGCAAGACCCCUUUACUUUCUGCCUCUCGUCGCCGGCUCAGACUUUUAAACUCCUUUUCGGAACACUCAUCCACUUUUUCCACCCAGCCUAAUACCGGAACUGGCUUAUUCAGUUCCUUUUAUUCCUACCUCACGUCCGCCACUUCUAACACCGUAAACAUUUCUACCGAUUAUGAAACGGAGCUUCGUUUAUUGAAUAAUGGCAAAGAGAUGUCGGCGAGGGAUAAGACUGCUAUAGACUCCGCCAAGCUUUGCAUCGAAACGGAGUGCCGACCUGGAGACUUGGUGCUGGAUAGUAAGUUUUUGAAGACCGAAAGUCUUAGAGAGCUUUUAAAGACUCUCAUGUACAGCACAUCCUCCUCAGACCAAUACACUUAUGAGCAGGAACCUUCUGAUUUCCAUCUUAAAAAUAGACCUGACCUCAUUAUGAGUCCCGAUAAAGACCGUACAGAAAAUUAUGAUACAUUACCUUCUCCCUUUGGAUCAACCAAUAUUCCUUCCAACGAUAACUUGUCCAUCGCGUUUAGAAAUAGGAUAAAUACUCCUCAUGCCGCGAAUGAACCCGUUUCCGAGGAUUAUCUAGUUUUUAAUUUGGAGCUCCUAGUUGGUAUCAUCAUCCAAAAUCGGGAUAGAGUUCACCUUAUAUGGCCUUCCAUUCGUUCCUAUUUCUACGAGAUAAUCGUCAAUCGUUCCACCUCACAUUCAUCCCCUAAUUCUUCCCUCUAUUGUCAUUAUUCCACUUUGAAGCAACAUAUAUCGGUAACUAAUAAGAAUAAUAUCCAUUCUCAACCUUCUUUUUACAAGUCGUCCUCUAAAUUUAACAAAUCCCAUAAAUCAAUCUCUCCAUCCUCUCCCGAUACCGCUUCCCAUAUACCCUCAGUAGCGCCAAUAUGUCUUAGUGAAAGUAAUAAUGGAAAAUUUACUAACUUGGGUUUGAAUCCCGGUAAUGGUAGUAAUCUUCAUACAGUAUCCGGUACCAACAGUCGCAAAAGACCGUCUUCUUUCGUCAAUUCCAAAAGGCGCCAAGUAACGCAAACUCCUAAUGUGACCUUUUCUGAGUUUUUCUUGGAGCGGGCGGUAAUCGGACUCUUGAGAAUAGCUACACGACUGGCUAGAAAGGCAAAUAUAGUUUCAAGAGUAAUUGGUUCUCUCAGAAUUUUACUUCUUUUUUCGGAAGCCAACACUGCUCGUUCUCAUUCUUCCGCCCUUCCCUCUCACCAUAGUUCCCCCAAUCUAUCGAAUCCGCUCACAAACAUAGACUUUUUCGAAAGGAGGCUCAGCCUGGCCUGCGCAUUUGGGCUCUCCGAACUUAUGACAUCUGCUCCGGCCCUCAAAACAAGAGAUUGGGCCGUCGUUUUGGCAUGUCUUGAAAGGGUAGGCACCGGGGCAACGCUCGUGAACGUUAAGGAGGUAGCCAAUGAAAAUGGAACAAUUGGUGGUGAAGAAAUAGUAGAAGAACAAUUAUCAGCGCCAAUUGAUAUUAAAGAUGUUGCUUACACAUCGGAUAGCGAAAUAUUUAUCAAUGCUGAACAUAUGGGAACCUCUCGUGAUCUUAUGAAUAAGGAUACUCGAAAUUUUUCUGAUGGGUGGCUCUUCGUUGAUAAAGUUAAGGAAUUCGAAACAAAUGAUGAAAAUCUUCAUUUCCAACAAAACAACGUGUAUCAAGAUAGCAAAGUAAGCCUUAAGCCGCAUAACCCUUUCUCUUUCGUCAAAUGCUGCGACAUUUUGUCAUUUUUGACCGCGCAUUUAACGCUAAACAAUUUUUUCCUCGUUCAAUACACGCUAUUAGUUUUCGUGGAAGCAUUUGUCAAAGGAAAAAAGUUGAACGACAAAAAAUACCAAAGCAAAAGCUCAUACUACGGUGACCAAAAAUCUUUUUCCCUGAUUCACUUUACCGUAACAGAAUAUUUGUUUUCCUGCCGUCCUUCGACAGCUAACGGGCCAGAAAACAUAAAAGGCUAUAACGAAAAUAGGGAAGCGUCUUUGCUCGAAAAGCCAACCGGAAUUUUAGAGUUAUAUAAGAAUCGCAAAGAAGCGAUUAAUAAAACCGCCGUUAACAAAUAUAAUAAUGUAGCCUCCGUUGAUGUCAUUUCUCCUCGCGGUGAGAAAGACUAUACCCACCCCGCAUCUACUAUUACACCCAUUGCUGAUCAUCAAUCUUUUGGUAAUACUAACCCAGAACCGCUAAUAGAUUCAGAAACAGUUACAGGAUGGAGUUCUGAUAACGAUGAAGCUAGCGAAGAGUGUUCACAAGAUGAGAGUUUGACAUCCUCUUUUUCAUUUAAUGAUAAACCCAAUAGAAAAGCCACCAAAGAUGGAUUAUGUGUAGAUAAAAAUGCCUCAACUGAAAAUUAUAGCGAUGCAUUUUAUCAGCUUUUAGAGAUGAUAUUCACUAUGAGGGCUACAGCAAUCGAGAUACUUUAUCCGUCCAUGAUUACUAACCAAUGUAAGGAAGAAAAAGAGAAUAAAUAUGUCAAAGAUAAUUGGAUACGAGAAUUCAUUUGGCCAAUGGUUUGGAAACCUUUAUUCAAGGGCAUAUGUAGAUUAUGUUGUGAUAAAAGAAGGCACGUUCGAAUGACUUCUUUAACUUAUCUUCAAAGAGCACUUUUAGCCAAUGAUUUACAAGAUCAUUUAACUAGGAUUGAAUGGGAGGAUUGUUUUAAUCAGAUUCUUUUCCCGCUUAUGAGCAAAUUUUUAAAUGGCGUCCCUUUUACCAUAUCCUCUCUUCAGUCUUCCACUCAGCCCCAACCUAAGACUAUUUCAGUCGGUAAAAAAACAAACAAGAUUCCUAAAACCCGUUUUAAACGCCACAAUACUCAUCACUUGGGAAGCAUUAGCGGUUCUUGGUUGAAAUCUGAAGAAAGUAAACACAGAGCUUGCACUCUCCUGUGCAAAGUGUAUUUGCAAAGACUGAAUACUUUAUUCAUUCCAGCUCUUUCCCCUUCCGGCCAUGAUGAAACAUUUGCCCGAGUUUGGCUAACUAUACUCGACUACAUGGACAAAUUUAUGCAUUCUUCUUUUCACGCUCACUCUACCGGUCAUAACAUAAAUAGCGUGGGUAAGGAGGCGAUUAGUCAACAUAAUUAUAAUGCCGAAGGAGGUUCGGCUACUUCGGAUAUGCUGGUAGAAGCGAUUCCAGAGUCACUUAAAAAUAUGCUUUUAGUCAUGGAUACCUCAGGAAUUUUCCAACAAGAUCCCACAUUAAAACAGCUUACUUGGGAGCGUAUCAAUAAAUUCCUACCCAAAGUUUUACUUGAAAUACGAUUGCAACAAGAACAUAUAACCAGUGGAAACGCAAAUAUUACUCCGACUAAUAGUUUUGAUAAUUCCAAAAUCAAUGAAAUACAUGAUCCAAUUAAACAAAAUGAAAGUAUAAAAAUUUUAGACAAUUAUAACGAAAAUUCCUCGGAGAUCGGCGGGAUAGUUAGACACAAAGAUGCCUCCGAAAUUUACGACCUAACUAAUUUACAGAAUAAGGAAGAUCUACAACAACAUUUUGAAGAUCUUAAUUUAACAACUCCAUACCUAUCUCAAUAUUAUUCUUACCCUAAUAGUCCUAAUUAUUGCGAAAAUUCGGCUAAUAUUCCAGUUCCUGGCAACAUUUAUCAUCCUAACUAUGCUGACAUUUAUACACAACCACCAGCAAGCUUAAAUAAUCAAAAUUACGUUAAUAAUGAGAGUUUGGAUCAUCAGGUGAAUCCCAAUUUAUACUACUAUCCAUCAAAUCAAUAUUACGACCCUCGUAACAGUAUUCCUAUGAAUUUAUAUAACGAAAGUUUGAAUGAUAUUGAGAAAACGCCGUCAUCAAUACCUUUGAAUUCUAGUAAUAAACCUAUGAACGCGAAUGGGAAUAAUGAAAUCAAUCGCCAGGGCAGUAUUAUAUGAAAAAACUUUUUAAAUGAAAAUUUUCAUUUAUUAUACAUUUUCGGUGAUUCAGAUAUUUUCGAAAUCAUAAAAUAUAAUAUAAAUAAUUAUACUUUUUUAUUUAAUAUAAUAUUGUCACUUUUUAGUUUAAAAUAAAAUUUAUUGGAGAAAUUU